CCCAUCCAAAUAUAAAGAGGCACCAGAACGACUGUGCCCUUGUUUUGCCUAUAAGCAUCGUACCACAAAAGUUAUCAAGGAGCCAGAGAGAAAAUCAAACAGAAAUUGGUUGUUGGAACAUUUAUCUCUGUGCAAGCCAAAAAAGUUCUCCAUUCCCAGAAAAAAAAAAAUGAAGUAUCUUCUUCUUUUCACUGCUUUGAUCGCUACAGCAAAUGCCCUUAACUGCCAAUGUUCUACGUGUACCGGAGGAACUUGUACAGUCGAAACGGGGCAAUGUUAUUCAAUCGAGAGGGAAAUCGCUACCGAAAAGGACAAGCCAGUUAAAGUAACAAUUAGAGGCUGCCAGGACGACAAAGUGGAUCCAAAUAUCUGCAAACAGGGAUUUAUCCUCAUGUCCUCUGAGAAGGAUUUUUAUCUGAUGAGCAAUAUUACAUGCUGUGAUAAAGAUUUGUGCGAUAAAGAUCUCAAUGCAACACUUGACAGGAUUUUUCCCACGAGUGAUCUGGUUUGCCCAUCAUGCUUUGCUCUCGAUAAGAAUUUAUGCGAUGGCAAAUCAAUGAACUGCAACGAUCUCCAGAAGAAAUGCUUCAACAUCAGCGGGACAGUCAACAAAAAAGGUUCUACUGUAGUUCAAGAUUUCAAUGCCAGGGGAUGCGCUGUUGAAAACACCAUCUUCAAAAAAGGUAUCGUCCUAGCCUCUGAAAACGCAACGUAUGAACUUGAAAAUGUCCAACUUGGGGAAGCCGAAUCCAAAAGUGGUGGCAGUCAGAUUUCCAGUUGCCUAUCUUUUGCUAUCUUUCUGCCGAGUGUCCUUUGGUUCCUACUGGACAUCUCCCUAUAUUAAACCCCAACCUACCAGUGUCCUCUCUACUCAAAUGGGGAAAAUCUCCAAUGGAAUUCUACCAAAGAAGGCAUAAAUCCAAGAAGUUUUGGCUUCAGCAAUUGCUGGUGCCCAUGUGUCUCUCAAUUGCUGGUCUGAGUCUCUUUCUCUGCAUCUCUGUCUCUCUCUCUCUCUUUUCUCUUUGUUCAGUCAAAAGGGAUUUUAAUUUAUCUAAUUAAUGCGUAUCUUAAAUAAGAAUAGAAAGGAAUAUUGGUGUUAAGGAUGUCACGCAAGUAAAGGCAUCCCAAUGAUAUAGAUACUGUUUCGUUUCAUGAGCUUUUUACAUAGUGGUUUGAAAAGGCUUGGUUAAGAUUGGAGUAGAUUAAUUGGUUUAAAUAAUUAAGCUUCCAACGAUUGAGGUAAGGCUGCAAUCAUCAUACUGAAGAACAAAAAUAUAUAUUGACAUGUAGUUUUUUUUCCUGAUGAUGUAUGAUUCCCAUCUAAGGGGCACUCUUGUGUGCAUGUGUGACAGUGUAAUGGAAUGCCUCUUAUAAGACAAUGCCUGCCAUCUUUCAUUGUUUCUUCCAUUUAAAAAAAAAUCAACUCAAAAUAAAUGUGUCUGGCAAUUA